AUGGCUUCAGCCCAGUACGUACCACAGCCGCAGUACGCACCGCCAGAUGGUUUCGAAGGCUACGUGCCGUACGCGCAACAAGCUCCCCAGCGCGAAAUCCCAUUCAACAGGACAUGGCACUUGGUCAAGAUUGUCCUUCGAGGCUUCAACAUUGCAUUCGGCGUCAUCAUCAUCGGCAUAUCGGUCGCCCUUGUGAUGUACUCUUUCUCGAGUUCUUUCUAUCUCAUAUUCAGUGGAUUUCCCGCUGCCGCUGCAAUAUGUUGGGAUACCACUGAACUCAUUACCAUCUGCGCUAGAGGCGGGAGACGAGGAAUACACCCCGGUGCUCACGUCGGCCUGCAUUUACUCUUCUGGCUCGUCUUCAUGGUCUCCACGGGAUGGGAAGCUGCGAACGUCUACUUCCGCGAUGAUCCGCGGUCGUGGGUAUACAGCUCAGGCCAAAUCACCUCUAUGCAGGAUGCUGUGCUGGCAUUCACUGCCCUCUUGUUUCUCAGCAACUUCACCCUCUUCGUCCGCGCCUGUGUUGAAUGCAAACAGCGCAAUGUUCGCCCUCCUCCCGUCUAUAUGGUGCCUGUCGUUGGGCCGCCGCCGAUGCAGCCUGCAGGGUCAUACCAGCCUUACCCAUACUCACCACAGCAGGCUUCUUUUCAGCCGCAGUAUGACAAAGGGCAGAUGGCGGGGGCCAAUAUUGAUACCACCGAGAUGGCCGCCCAGCCAGGACCGGAUGGGACGUACUAUGGUCCCGGAAGCCGGACUUGA